GGAGCCCAGCGAGCAGGAGGCAGCGCAGAGGAGCAUCGCAGCAGGAAAACAUCCAAAGAAAUGUGGACCAACCCUGUGACUGAAACUAAAAUUUGCCUCUGUGGUUUGCUUUGGCUUGUCCUGGCAGCUUUAUGGCACUCUACUGGUGCCCAAGAGAAUAUUGACUGGGAAAUUCAGCGUUACGAUGGCUGGUACAAUAAUCUUGUGCAUCACAGACAUAACUCUGCAGGAUCACUUCUGUCACGACUGCUCCCUGCUAACUAUGCGGAUGGGGUAUACCAGGCCCAGCAGGAGCCACUGGUCCCCAGUGCACGAAGACUCAGUGAUGUGGUGGCCCAAGGGGACUCCGAAUUGCCAUCUCAGGGGAACAGAACUGUGCUGGGUGUUUUCUUUGGUUUCCAUGUUCUGUCGGAGAUCUCAGAAGCCAUCAAGCCUGGCUGCCCUGCUGAAUUCCUAAACUUGCCUAUCCCUCAAGGCGAUCCCAUAUUUGACCCGACAGGCUCAGGCGAUGUUGUGCUACCCUUCCAGCGCAUGCAGUGGGCUCCAGGAACAGGACAAAGCCCCAAUAAUCCCCGGGAGCAGAUCAAUGGUGUCACAGGUUGGUUGGAUGGCAGUGCCAUCUAUGGCCCAUCCCAUUCUUGGAGUGAUUCUCUGAGGAGCUUCUCAAGAGGAAUGCUGCUUUCUGGAGCACAUCCAAGCUUCCCAAAGCAGACCGAGGCAAACAGCUUAAUGUGGAAGGCUUUGGAUUCAUCCACAGGACAGAGUGGGACUCAAGGGAUAUUUGACUUUGGAAAUGCUAAAGGAAAUGAAAACCCAUUCCUGCAAGCGAUAGGCAUUGUUUGGUUCCGCUACCACAACUACUGGGCAGGAAAACUUGCCACUCAGAACCCCAGCUGGUCAGAUGAAGAUCUGUUCCAACACGCACGCAAGCGGGUAAUUGCCACUUACCAGAACAUUGUGCUGUAUGAAUGGCUGCCAACAUUUCUGAGGAAGGAAAAGAUCACACGUUACGAUGAUUACAAGCAGCAUGUGGAUUCCAGGAUCUCUCCCGAUUUCCUAGUGGCUUCAACCAUCUUCUUGGGUACCAUGGUCCCUUCGGGGAUCUACAUGAGGGACACCAAGUGUACUCUCCGAGAUGUAACUAACACCGGGGGAAAUCAUUCUACCGCACUCCGCCUGUGCAACAAUUACUGGAGCCGAGGGAAUCCCAAUCUCCAGACAUCUAAGGAUGUGGAUGAUCUACUGCUGGGGAUGAGCUCUCAACUCGCUGAGAGGGAAGACAACAUUGUGGUUGAAGAUCUCCGAGAUUACUGGUAUGGAACAGUGAAGUACUCCCGCAUGGACUUCGUGGCCAGCUGGAUUCAGCGGGGACGGGACCUUGGAUUAUCCACCUAUAAUAAAGCCAGAGAGUUCUUCAAACUCCCCACUGCUAAGAAGUGGCAGGAGAUCCCUCAGGAGAACCAAACGCUUCUUGAAGAGGUAGCAGCCAUGUAUAACAACAACCUGGACCGCCUGGAGCUGCUGAUUGGGGUCCUUUUGGAAACAAAUGGAACGCUUGUUCAUGCUAUAAUUGAGGAUCAGUUUCUCCGCCUGCGGGAUGGUGACCGCUUCUGGUUCGAAAACAUCAAGAAUGGGUUAUUCUCUGCUGAAGAGAUUAAAGAAAUCCAAGAUACUACAUUCCAUGAUGUCCUUACUGCUGUGACUUAUGCAGAUUCAAAAGAUAUUCAAGUGAAUGUUUUUCAAAGGAGUGACGAUGCUCCAUGUCCUCUUCCCUGGCCAGUGAAUAAAGAGCAACUGCCCCCCUGUGUGCGUCUAACCAUUCUAGAUUAUUUCAAAGGAAGCGGAGCUGGAUUUGGCAUUCUUAUCACAGCACUCUGCUGCUUGCCUUUAGUGAGUUUGUUUAUUGCCUGGAUUGUUGCCGCCUUCCGGAGGAGAAAUUUCAAGAAGCUGCAGAAAAAGCAAAACCCUUCUGACCAAACAGAAGUAAACGCAGAAGGAAUACAGGCUUUCGAAUGGCAAGAUACCAAGACUCCCAGUUGUCCUGUCUACCUGCAGCUGCACGAAGGCAGGUUGAUCAAAGUCCUCGACAGCAAGUUGUCUGUGCUUCGAACCAUCACUCUAAAAAGCCAACAGCCAGUUGAGACUGUCUUAUCUAACAAUAAAGGAAACAAGUCUUUGCUUCUCAAGAUCCCUAAAGAAUAUGACCUGGUAUUGAUGUUUAAUGGCGAGGCAGAGCGCAAGGACUUCCUUGGGCAGCUGAAAGCCUAUCUGGAAAGAAAUGGGCUUUCUCUCCACAUAUCUGAGAUGAAACAACAGCAGCUGCUGCAGAAAGCAGUUACCAAGCAGCAGAGGAAAAACAUCUUGGAAAUUUUCUUCAGGCAGUCAUUUGCCCAGGUUCUAGACAUUGACAGAUUAGAUGCUGGAGAACUCAGCUUGGAGGGUUCGCAGAAGGCCAAGGAAGCACUGAAGUCAGAGCUGAGCCGGGCAGAGUUUGCAGAUGCUCUGGGCCUAAAGCCCCAGUCCGUAUUUGUGGAUUCAAUGUUUUCUCUUGCUGACAAAGAUGGCAAUGGAUAUCUCUCCUUCAGGGAAUUUAUGGACAUCUUAGUGGUCUUUAUGAAAGGAUCACCACAAGAAAAGUCCAAGCUGAUGUUCCAAAUGUAUGACAUAGAUGGGAAUGGUUUCCUUUCCAAGGAUGAAUUCUUUAGGAUGUUGAGAUCCUUCAUCGAGAUCUCUAACAACUGCCUCUCUCAAAGUAAGACUGAAGAAGUCAUUGAGUCUUUGUUCCGGGAGUCUGGGUUCCAAGAUAAGGAAGAGCUCACUUGGGAGGAUUUUCACUAUAUGUUGCGGGAACAUCACAAUGAACUUCAAUGUGCUCAACUCUUUAUUGAAGGAAUUCCAGACAGAUGGAGACAGAAUAGAAAUAACCAUGGAUCCAUCUUGCACAGAAAUAAUGGGGUUUUAAAUCAUGAAAAACCCCUGAUUGUGGGUGGAGAUGUGCUUCCUGGGGAAGGUCUGGGGCAAGAUCUACGGAAGAGACAAGGCAAAAAACUGUCUUUUCCUCAGCCCCAUGUCUACACGGAGGCACGGCGUGAGAGGUACCAGAGAAGCAAGGUUCACCAGAAGAUCCAGCAGUUCAAGCGCUUCAUUGAGAACUACCGACGCCACAUCAUUUGCGUAGUGAUAUUCUCAGCCAUCACUGCUGGUGUAUUUGUGGAGAGGGCUUACUGUGAGUUACCAGCCUACCUAACACCGCCGAUCCAGCUGCUAGGCUCAAGCCCUUGCAUGGUGGUUCAUGAGGGCCAGAACUCCGCAUCCUCCAACAGUGAGGAAGGAGGAAUGUCUGUCUCCAGAGGAGGCAGCAAGUGGCAGCCACGACUAAGAGGGCCACAUUAUGGCUUUGCAUCACCACCAACGGGAAUUGCAGACACAACCUUUGUUGGCAUCCUCAUCUCUCGUGGGGCAGGAGCUAGCAUCUCCUUCAUGUACUCAUUUAUCCUGCUUACCAUGUGUCGGAAUCUCAUCACUUUUCUGCGAGAAACCUUUUUCAAUCGCUACAUCCCCUUUGAUUCUGCUGUGGAUUUCCACCGUUGGAUUGCAACAGGAGCCCUCAUCUUCUCAGUUCUGCACACUUUGGGCCACGUUGUGAAUGUCUACAUCUUCUCAGUCACUCCGCUCAGUAUCUUGUCCUGCCUCUUCUCCAAUGUCUUUGUGAAUGAUGGAUCACAGUUUCCACCCAAAUAUUACUGGUGGUUUUUCGAAACAGUCCCAGGUAUGACUGGGGUGCUGCUGUUAGUCAUCCUCGCCAUCAUGUAUGUCUUUGCAACUCACCACUUCAGGCGAAUUAGCUUCCAAGGAUUCUGGAUCACUCAUCAUCUCUAUGUCCUUCUCUAUAUCUUGGUUAUCAUUCAUGGCAGCUAUGCUCUGAUCCAGCAGCCCCGCUUCCACAUUUACUUCAUUGUCCCAGCCCUCCUAUAUGGAGCAGACAAACUCCUUAGUCUGAGCAGGAAAAAAGUGGAAAUCAGUGUGGUGAAGGCUGAACUCCUCCCAUCAGGAGUCACUUACCUUCAGUUCCAGAGACCCCAGGACUUUGAAUACAGGUCUGGGCAGUGGGUUCGUAUUGCUUGCCUGUCCUUGGGGACUACUGAGUACCACCCCUUCACUUUGACCUCUGCCCCUCAUGAGGAUACCUUGAGCCUUCACAUUCGAGCAGCUGGACCCUGGACAACACGCUUGCGGGAACUCUACUCCCCAGAAAGCAUAGCAGAAAUUGGCCGAUAUCCCAAGCUAUAUCUGGAUGGACCGUUUGGAGAAGGACACCAAGAAUGGAACAAAUUUGAGGUUUCUGUGCUAGUAGGAGGAGGCAUUGGGGUGACACCUUUUGCAGCCAUCCUCAAAGAUCUUGUCUUCAAGUCUACAGUUGGCUCCAGGAUCCUGUGUAAGAAGGUGUAUUUCAUUUGGGUGACCCGGACACAGCGCCAGUUUGAGUGGAUGGCUGAUAUAAUCCGUGAGGUGGAAGAGAACGAUAAAUGCGAUCUGGUCUCUGUGCACAUUUAUAUCACACAGCUGGCUGAGAAAUUUGACCUGCGUACCACUAUGCUGUACAUUUGCGAGCGACACUUCCAGAAUGUCCUCAACCAGAGCUUGUUCACAGGCCUGCGUUCCAUCACCCACUUUGGACGACCACCAUUUUUGCCUUUCUUCUGCUCAUUGCAAGAGGUCCAUCCUGAGGUGAGGAAGAUUGGUGUCUUCAGUUGUGGCCCACCAGGCAUGACUAAGAACGUGGAGAAGGCCUGUCAGAAGAUCAAUAAACGUGAUCAGACCUAUUUUGUGCAUCACUAUGAGAACUUUUAACUCGUUUGCAAACUCUGCUGCAGUUCCAUGAGGUCAGGUCAGAGGUGGCUGCUCAUGAUUUCUUCAUCUCCUAAACCAGAUGCUUGAGAAGUUAUGGGCCCUUGGCCAUGUUGAUAUGGACUGGGAACAGGGCUCCAGUACUCUGAUUAUUACUGGAUUCCAAUCUGUAAAUUCUAGAGUAGCCUGAAAAGUUACACUCUAGAGAGUAGGAAGCAUUAAUAUUGCAAGAGAAACUAGUUCAAUAUUUGCUUAAAUGUCUGGGUUUCCUCCAAUAACCUUGGAGAUAACAGUUUAUGAGGUUAUUCACAGAAUCAAAGUUUCUACUUUAAGAAAUCUUUUGCCCCUCCCUACGACUUAAAGUGUUGAGACUUGUCCUAGUUUUCGUCAGCUUAACUUUAUAGUGUGUGGACGUGACCAAACUCUUCCUGCUUGAGCUUUACUUAAUGUUAACUUACUGAUGACUUUCAUUUUACAUAUGGCUUUACUAAGGAAUGGGAUAAGUUUGCCGAGGAUAGCUAUUAACGCUGGGUGCAUCUGAACUGGUUGGAAAGUCCCACAUUUUAUUCCUGUUCUUUGGCAGGCCUGUUCUCUAAUGCCCCAGUGGAAAGGACUAGGUCUAAUAGUUGUAAGUUACAGGAGAGUAGAUUUCUUUGGACAUUAGAAGGAACCUCUCACAGUAUGAAAGCAUCAGCAAUGGCACCAAUUUCCUUCUCUGGACAUCUUCAAAAAAGAAGCUAGGCAUCUAUCUGCUGGGGAUGCUUUAGGGUCACAAUAAGACAGAAAUGUCUUGAAAGCCCACAACAACAACAAAGAUGUACCUUAUGACAGGUAAAUUGCCCUUGGUCCCAAUAAUGAUGACUAUUUGUCAUGACAGCUAAAUAGAAAGUUAAGAACAAAAUGAAUGAGUUUAAUCUUGUACAGAGUUUGUGUUUUUUUUCCAAGCACAGUUCAUUCUGUCCUAUUUCUAUACCAGUCUGCAAAUGUUUAUAGUUCCCAUGAAAAUGUACAAUUAUUUUCAUAUGCCUUUUUGCACCAUAUGUACCUUCUGCACUUUCCCGUAAUAGAUACCUUUUUGCAUUUUCCUCAAGGUAUGCCUUUUUAUAUUCUGUUUUCCCCUAAUAUCUACCUUUUUGUGUGCAUAUUUAACUGAAAAACUGCAUUGCAAAAUCUGUAGCAGUACAAAUCAAAGUAUAAUUGCAUUCUGGUUCAUGAAUUCGCUUUUAUAGAUUGUAUGAACAUCAGUAGAUUGUAUUCAAUGAAGAAUGAUUCCUUUCAUCGAUGAAUAACAAUAUGCUGCUAUACAAAGGAGGAAUCCCUUGAGAGUCAAAACACAUUCAGCUUUCUUACAGAAAGGUAGAAAGAAAAGGGAAGGGGAAAUUUUCACAUGUGGCAGCACCUUUAAGACUAACUGGUUCUUUUCUUUUCACUUGAGCUUUUGUGGAUAUAAGCCCACUUCUUCAGAUGUAAUACAUAGUCUGUACUGUGUCUGAAGAAGUAGGUUUAUAUCCAGAAAAACUUAGGCAGAAUUAAGAACAAAUUAGUCUUAAAGGUGCUGACACAUUUCUUUGUCUUCCCCCCUUCCUUUGACCUUUAUAUGCUGCAAGAGACUAACACAGCUACUUCUUUGAAAACUAUCAUCUUACUUACUGGACCAGACUGGACUUGGUAGGGUUUAAUUUGUACAUCUGUGCUUCAAAUACUGGUUAAUUUUGGAUUAUUUUUUUCUAUCUCACUCAGUUUGUAUUUUGUUUUAGCUACAAUUUUGUAUUUGAAGGGUCAAUUAAAGAUAGUUAAACUGA